AUGAAGCUGCUCAAGCAGGCUAUAUCGUGCUUGCAGCAGGCAGUGAACAUGUUUUGUGAUAUUGGAAGGCUCAAUAUGGCCGCAAGGUAUUAUAAGGAAAUUGCCGAAUUAUAUGAAUCUGAACAAAACAUUGAACAGGCCAUGGAUUAUUACGAAAAGGCUGCAGAUUUCUUCCAAAGUGAAGAAGUAUCUACUUCAGCCAAUCAGUGCACGCAGAAAGUUGCACAAUUUGCUGCUCAGAUAGAACAAUACCAGAAAGCCAUCGAGAUCUAUGAAGAGAUAGCACGGCAGUCAAUUACCAAUAACUUGCUGAAGAAUGGAGUUAAAGGGCAUCUUUUUAAUGCUGGCAUUUUUCAACUCUGCAAAGGCGAUGCCUUUGCAAUCACCAAUGUGUGA